AUGGCAGAAGCCUCCACUCAAGAGAAAACCAACGCGGUUGAACAGUACUUGAAGGAUAAGAGAUAUAUCGAAGAGCCCGGAGUCCUGCCCUGGUAUGUCAAGGAUUUGCUCUUUGAGACGUACAGCAAGGUCCCUUCGUCAGAAGUGGUCUCCCACAUUACGCAGAUCAGGAACAAGGCCUUCAAGGUUUUCCCAUAUCCUUGUCUUGGCCAUUGGGGUUUCCUCAACCUGAGUAUCCAGAAGUCAGCAGCCUACGACGAGGUACUUCAGCGCAUCAAGGGUGGUGAGCAGUAUUUGGACAUUGGCUGCUGCGUGGGUCAGGACAUACGCAAGCUCGUGUACGAUGGAGCUCCCUCCGAAAACACAUAUGCCUCAGAUCUGAAAGGGCAGUUCUGGGAUAUUGGCUACGAUCUGUUCCUCGACAAAUCAUCUUUGAAGGCCACCUUCAUCGAGGCUGAUGUGUUCGAUGAAGAGUCUGGCCUACAGCAGCUCGCCGGCAAGCUCGACAUUGUGCACGCAGCCUCAUUCUUCCACUUGUUCGACUGGGACGGACAGGUAGCUGCUGCCAAGAAGAUUGUGGGUCUGCUGAAUCCUGCGUCUGACGGUCUGAUCAUUGGACGUCAGGUCGGGCGUUCCGAAGCUGGCGACUUUACUGCUCAAGUUGAACAAACGAAGAGCAGAUACUGGCACAGCCCUGAGUCCUGGGCGAAGCUGUGGGAGCAAGUUGGCAACGAGACCGGGACAAAAUGGAAGGUCGAGUCCGAAUUUGAUGAGAGUGUCGAUGUGUUCCGCAAGAGAGGCGGUAUGGCGGACUUCAUUCCUCGGGACACCAAAUUCAUGAGGUUUGUUAUCCGCAAGGCGUGA